UGCUCAGCUGCGACGCUGCUGAAGAUCUGGUCCUUCUGGCAAUCCCUCCCCAUCGUUAGCCAGCGAAACAACGACGUUGAGGGGACGAGGCUCGCUACACGUGUCUCCGCGGAGAGGGGCCUGGCUGAGGGGAGCCUGGCAGCUGUGAGGGGUAAAACAGCGAUUCUCUUCGCAGCAAGCUUACCUGCAGCUUGGCCGAUUAUUUCAUCAUUCAGGUUUCAAGACCCAUUCAAUUGCCUGGAAUGGGUGUCGUGCCUUUUAUCUCUAUAUAUACUCCGCACCCCUCGUACCUACAUUCCCGACAAGCUCUCGAGCUCCAGGGGUCUUCUCCGCAUUCCGGAAGAAUAA